UGGCUAGCGGAGCUCGUGCGUCCUGCGCCCGGCCAUGGCCCCGCCGCCCCGCGCCUACAGCCCGGCCGAGGUGCGGCAGCGCUGCGCCCAGGGCGCCUGCCUGGUGCUGCGGGGCCGCCGCCUCUACGACCUGAGCGGCUUCGUGCGGCUGCACCCGGGCGGCGAGCAGCUGCUCCGGGAGCGGGCGGGCAGCGACGUGAGCGCCGCGCUGGAGGGGCCGCCGCACCGGCACUCGCGCAACGCACGCCUCUGGCUGGAGCAGUACUACCUGGGCGAGGUGCGCCCGGCCCCCGCGCCGGAGCCGCAGAGCCUUCUUGAGACAGAGAAACCAGUAAAUUCCACAGCUCGGACAACAAACCAUAGGAUGGAUCCUAGGUGUAAAACAGUAGAUCCAGAUAAGGAUCUCGUGGACUGGCACAAACCAUUGCUCUGGCAGGUGGGCCAUUUGGGGGAGAAAUAUGACGAGUGGGUGCAUCAGCCUGUGGACCGGCCAAUUCGCUUGUUCCACUCGGAUUUCAUAGAGUCCCUCUCUAAAACAGCAUGGUACAUUGUUAUCAUGGUGUGGAUCCCUGUGGUGCUGUAUCUCAGCUGGUUCUGCUACGCGUCUCUUGCACAGGGAACUACCAGACUCUUCUCGUCAUUCACAGCAGAGUAUUCCAUCCCUGUGCACAAGUACUUCUUCCCAUUCAUCUUCGUGCUGGGAAUGUUCCUGUGGUCCUUAGUAGAGUAUCUCAUCCAUCGCUUUCUCUUCCACAUGAAGCCGCCUGCUAGUAACUAUUAUCUCAUCACACUGCAUUUCUUGUUGCACGGCCAGCAUCACAAGUCUCCAUUUGACAGCUCCCGUCUGGUCUUCCCUCCCGUGCCUGCAUCGCUGGUGAUUGGGUUUUUCUACACCCUCUUGCGCCUGCUCCUGCCUGAAGCAGUUGGCAUGUCCAUGUUUGUCGGUGGGCUGUUUGGUUAUGUUGUCUACGACAUGACUCAUUACUACCUGCACUACGGCUCGCCAAAGAAAGGCACCUACCUGUACGGGCUGAAGGCUUAUCACGUGAAGCACCACUUUGAACACCAAAAAUCAGGCUUUGGCAUCACCAGCCGAUUUUGGGACCGUCCAUUUAAAACACUAAUCCCAGAGGAAACCUUUGAGAAAGAGGAUUAACAUCCGUGGCUCCCCUGCUUGGCAUCUGGCUCCCGUGUCCCUGGUGCGUCAUGCUGCCACCUCCCUUUCCACCAGCUGCAGGACGUUGAGGGGGGCGUCCACCUUUGCAGAACUGAAUGACUGGGGUUUAAAGCCCCUUGACCACAGAGGGAGAACUCUGCUUUGUGUUGCUGGCUUUUGUCACUCUGAUCUCACGGCGCUCUGCCUGGCUCCUGGGAGGCGGCGUCGCCUAUGAGUUAAAGGCAGGUAUUUCUCCCGAGAGGGAUCUGCACAGCAUUCUCUAAUGAUGCUUUAAAGGUUGUCAUGCCACUCAGUGUGGAGCAGUAACUUUGCGCAUUUGCAGCGAGUCCGCCAGGAGAAGAGGUGGCUGCUAUGUAAAUGCUCUGGGUUUCUUUGCUCUGAGCUCAUCAGCAAGAAGGGAGGGAGGAGUGGGGACAAGAACUAAUGGCGAAGCCAUGAGCUGCAUCUAAACCAUCUUUGCAACCUGCGUUGUAAACACCAGAGCAGACUGCAGCCAGCUCCAUAGGGGAGCUGCAGCUCAGGGAGACUUCAGAUCCCAUGAUGCACUAAAUUCUGCAUCAGACUGUCCUGGCCCAGUGCUGAACUAGUUGCUCUGGUCAAGAGGAAGCAUUGCAUGCUGGGACCUGUAUUCUCUAUGGGCGGCAUCUCCUCAUUAAAGGUGGGAAAGGGCUGUCUGGGCCUUAGGGGAAGACUUGGCAGGCAGCUACACGCAGCCCAGCUGUUGGCGCUGGCGUGAGGGGAUGGAUGCUUCAGCUCUCCAAAUGCCAGGGGCUGGCCCCACCCCCAAGUGCUUGUUAAUUCCAUGGCAGUACACUGAGGAGGAGGGGCUGCUGCUCUGUUGGACACUGGCUUCACGUCCUGCUCGGCAAUCAGGACCCUGUGGGAGGUGAGGACCCUGGGCUGCUAUUUGUCCCCCAGUGCAUUAGCCGUGCAGUCAGAAUCCUGCCCACCCAGCACGCACACACCGUUGGGUACAAAGCUUUUGGCUUUGGUGCCACAUGGCAAAAUCGUGCCUGCGACACCGUCCCCCCUUGGAACCAGCCUGUCCAUCAUGGCCCCUGCUCUGUGUGCUGGAGAAGGUGCAUGGGCGGCAGCACCAAAACCCAGCAGAUCGCAACCCCUUCGGAGGGCAGAGUAUCCCGGCUCGCUGCAUUCAGUCUGAUGCAUCUCCUGCUUUGGUGUCUGAGCGGACAGGAGGCUGUGGCUGAAGGGAGUUCUCUGGGCUCGGCGGGCAGAGGGAGAGGAAUUGCAGCAAUGAUACUCCGGCUUCUGCCCCUACUCAGGCCCCUUCCCUCUGUCUAAUGGGUUUGUUAGGGGUGGGGGUAGGAUGUCUGUUCUCCCUGUCCCAACUCAAAUUCUUGUAACAGCCAAAGCGAAGGACACUGCCUGUCCAGGCCAGACCCACUGGAAGCUAGGAGUCCCUGAGCCCAGGGGAGGAGGAGGGUGCUGCAGUGAAUGGCCGCCUUAGGGCCUGCUGGGAGCAGAACCCCCUCCUUUCCCGUCUGAUCUCCCCAGUUGUGGGGCCAUGGGCUUUCCUCUGGGGCUCCAGAAUGGCCGUGUCCUUCCUGGCUAGGUGGGGUAUUUUGAAUAUGGAUGCUGGUGACUCCAGGAGCCACUGAGGGCCCCUCUGAGCCAGGUUGAGCUCUUGGGCCACGGCACGGCCUGCGGAGCCGGAACUGCCCUUCCAGCUCUGUCGGGGAUGGGCAACAUCCACUGUCUCCUGCCUCCAUUGGCCCUGCCCAUUCUGCCCGGCAUGUGGCACUGGUGGCUGAGUGCAGACACAGAGAGCGCAACCCAUGGGUGGGGCACUGGGACUCCCGGAUGGGCGCUCUGUGCUGUGGCACACCUCUGGGCCUGUUGGCUCCCUCAUAGAAGAGGAAAACGGUGCUGCUGUCUUUAAUUUUCCUCUCCUCUUUCCCCUUGGCUCUCAGUUCCAUGCCUUUACCUGCCCCCUCAGGUAAGGUGGGAGGAGAGGGAUGAGGGAAAUGAGAAGGGGCUUGUUUGGCUCAGUCAUCUGGCCACAAAGCAAGUGAUGGAGCAGCAGCCUUUGCCAGGGCUCUCCUGGGUCCUCCUACCCUUGCUUUGCGACUGCUGCUCAGAAUAGUUCCCUGUGCUGCCGACAGGUUCAGAAGCACCUGGCUCACACCCUGCUCCUUGUGGGACCCAGGUGUUACAGUAGCAGAGGUGCCAUCUGCUUUCUCUGUGCGUGCCACUCCUGCCCAGUCCCAUCUUGGAGAGAGACGCCAGCUGGGCAAGUGCUCAGAGUUCCAGGAGAAGUCUCGCUCCCCUUAGAACUAGCUUAACAUCUGGUGCUGCUAUGCCCUAGGUUUGGGGCCAGUGGGGUAGGGGGCUCUGAGAACUCUGCCCUUCUCAGGGUGGGCCAGAUUGUCCACAGAUGACUUGCCAAGGUAGGGAAUUCUUGGAUCCCCAGUCUUUCCUUCCCCUCCCGAGUGGUGGGCCACUGAUAGACGGGUGGAAUCUGCUGCACAGCAGGCCCUGAUAGAUGAAGUCGCAAACGUGCCCCCACCCCACGCUUCCUGCCCUCCCCUUCCUGGGGCUGCUGCAGGCAUUCCCACUCUUUCUGCUCCUCCUCGGCUGGCCGUGUUCUCUAGCUCUCUCUCUCUGCCUUGCCAGCCCAGCAGUCUCCUGCGGUCCCCUUGCCAUGUGUCUCCUUCCCAAAUUCAGCACCUUGCUCCACAGCUCGGGGAAAGAGCAUCCAAAGUGUAGCUAGCUGCCUCCAAAGUGUCCCCACCCCCACGAGACGGCACUGACUGCUCCCUUGAGGAGACAGUGUUCAUAUGGGGUCCAGUCCCCCCCUCCCCUCCCAAACAAUGGGAGGAAUGUGGGCCGUUCUUGUUAAGCAUCGUGCAGUGUUCAUGACAUUGAUGUUAAAUAAGCUCCUAGAGUCUGGAAGCUGCUGCUAACAUGCUUGCCACAAACCUUCAGCUGACUAACCCCUGGAUAUAUGACAGCUCCUGUAUUGCAAACUAGGCCGUGCCCUGGUACUACCUUCCCCACCCCAAGAUCUGAGGCAUGUAGCACUUGUAACAUUGACCAGAUCACUUCAGAGGGAGCUUUUUUCAAGUCACCCCCCCUAAGCUGGGAGCUGGGGGGGGAGGGGGAGAUGUUGCUUGGGGAGCCCAGCUGAGCCAGGGGUAAGGGUCUUGCAGUUUUGUGUCUUGCCUUCUUCUAACCCAGUGUACAAUAUCUUUUUUGCCAGAUUUUUCCUGUUAAUGUAUUUUGUAGAAAUUGGCUACUUGAAACUUAAACUCCAAUAAACAUAAUUGCUAAGAGGCCUCUUAUUUUUGAUGAUCCUAUGAUUUGUUUUUCCCUAAUGUCUACUGCUGACAUUUAAAGGUUUGAAAUAAAGUUAUCCAUAAAACUGUAGACGUGACAUAAUUGUAAAUAAACUGUAUAUUUUGAAAAAAUUGUUUAAA